CUUCCAAAACGGCUAAAACGGGAACGUAAAGGUCGGAAGCCUAAGGGAGGGGAAGAUGGCACGCAAGCCGUCCGACCCUCCCAAGAUGAUGCCUCCGCAAACCGGAUUAUCCUCUGUAGCCUUUCCUCCCGGCCGACGGUGGCAGCUGAUCGCGAAGGAGAAACAGAAGCCGAAGCUGGGAGCCCGGUUGGCGGAGGCGGCCGGGGAGACGGCGGCGGAGUGCGCGGCCAUCGUCUGCUGCUGCCCCUGCGGCCUUGCGAACCUCCUGUUCACCGCGGCCGUCAAAUUGCCGGCAGGGCUCGUCCGUCGGGCCCUGCGGCACAAGAGGAAGCAUGGCGCCGGCUUCGGCAAGAGGAAAGCCGGGCUCUUUCGGAACAGAGUUGGCUCCCUCGACGACGACGACUUCGGUAUCUAUUCGGGGUCUCUUCUGGUGGCGCUGGAAGCCGAGGAGGCGUGGCCAGUGAAGGUGGCGUCGCCGGAGGUGUUGGCGUUGGAGAAGGAGAUGUCGAAGAGGUUCUACAGCGCGGGGUUUUGGCGGAGCCCUUCGCAGAAGGAGUAGUGGGGUCGCCGUGCCUCUCUCGAGAAGGGAAAGGAUUAAAAACUCAGAACUUUGCCCCUCUCGCAUGGAGAAACAGAGGAGAAGCGUUCGAUGUCCCAACCAAAGGUGGUAUCUUUUCAGGAUCUCUGCUUCCAAUUGACAUCCUCUUGUACAUUUCAAAGAGAAAUUGAAUCCACUCGAAAUAUGAAUCUAUUGUUAUAAAAGACAUGGACUAAAAGUGCAUGAACUCCGUGUUUAAUUCA